GUUUUUCAUUUGAUUUGUAUUAUUGUGCUUCUCUGUAUUCAAAAUUAGUGAGCAUGUGUUUUGUUACGUUACUAUAUUUAAGUUGGCAAUAGCCUGACAUGCGCGGAAUCAUCUUGAAAAUUAUUAAGAUUCAGGUUAGGAGACUUCAAAAUAAUCGACAUUUCAAAGCAAUAAUAACACGGAAAGAAUCGCGUGUGUAUUUUCAAUCUUGUGAGCGGACGAUAAACGAUUUCACGAAAAGCACAUGGUUACGCGGUUAAAGAGCGGCUGCAAGUAUUUAAUCGUCACGCGUGAAAUGUCGAAACAACGAUCCACGAGAAAUGCCAAGACGUCAAAGGUGGCAGGCACUGAUGAUCCACCUACGGGACCUGUGGUCUUAAAUAAAGACGGAAACGUUGCAAUUAAAAUUCAGGCUAAACCCGGAGCGAAAUGUAACAAUGUAACCGAUAUUUCUGACGAAGCAGUAGGCAUUGCAAUCUCCGCCCCACCAACGGAAGGUGAAGCCAAUGCCGAACUCGUUAAGUAUCUAGCUUCGAUUUUUGGAGUAAGAAAAUCUGAUGUGUCCUUGGAUCGGGGAUCUCGAAGUCGCCAAAAAGUAGUUAUAGUGUCAGGAAUUACGACAGAUAAAGUUUUGACGAAAUUGAAAGGAGAGAUGGAUAAUUAAAUGUACUUCUUUACUAAAUUUUUCUGUC